AAAGUUUUUUAAUAUAAAUACCCGAAUGUCCCAAAUAAUCUACUACCCUCCCUCUCCUCUCUCUCGCUAACCCUCUCCCGAAUCUCUCAAAUCUCCCAAUUCGAAAUCGAAACGCGCACAAAUACAUGGCAGUAUAAUCCACUAUCACUCAAUCCGUAGAAACCGACGAUAUAAAUGUGUCGUUAGGGCUAGACUCACCGAAAAUAGAUACAUAUAUGCGUAAUUAAGUAACAAUCUUUAAUUUUUUCUGGAAGUUUACGAGGAGAGAGAGGAAGUAUGGCGGAGCUGGGGCAAGAGACGGUGAAAUUAUCGACGCUCGUGAAACGAACGGCGGAGGAAUCGUUCGUUUCGUUGACGGAAUUAGUGGGGAAAUGCAAGGAAACGGAGCUUUCGGAUUCCGAAAAGAAGAUUAGUCUGUUGAAAUAUGUUGUCAAGACUCAACAGCGUCUGCUCCGGCUUAAUGUGCUUGCCAAGUGGUGCCAACAGGUUUCAUUGAUACAAUAUAGUCAACAACUUGCAUCAACUCUUUCAAGCCACGAUACAUGUUUCACCCAAGCAGCAGAUUCAUUAUUUUUCAUGCAUGAAGGGCUACAACAAGCACGAGCUCCGAUCUAUGAUGUUCCAUCUACUAUUGAAAUUUUUCUGACAGGGAGUUACCAGCGUUUACCAAAAUGCGUAGAAGAUGUAGGACUUCAGAGUAUAUUAACCGAUAAUCAGCAGAAGCCUGCUUUAAAGAAGUUAGACACACUUGUUAGGUCCAAAUUACUUGAAGUCUCACUUCCGAAAGAAAUAUCUGAAGUCAAAGUUUCGGAUGGCACUGCAUUGGUUUGUGUGGAUGGUGAAUUCAAGGUUCUUGUGACGCUUGGUUACCGGGGUCACCUGUCAAUGUGGAGAAUAUUACAUAUGGAGCUGCUUGUCGGUGAAAGUAGUGGUCCGGUUAAGCUAGAAGAAGUUCGAAGGCAUAUUCUUGGAGAUGAUUUGGAGCGUAGAAUGGCUGCUGCAGAUAAUCCUUUUGUAACAUUAUAUUCCGUCCUUCAUGAACUCUGUGUUGUUCUCGUGAUGGACACUGUCACAAGACAAGUACAAGCACUCAGGCAAGGCAGAUGGAAGGAUGUAAUCCGGUUUGAGCUGAUAUCUGAUAGUAACCUUGGGAAAGGUGGGAAAUCUGUGUCACAAACGAGUCAAGAUGGAGAAACUGAUUCAAAUGUCCUACGGACUCCUGGACUGAAAAUCAUUUACUGGUUAGAUCUUGAUAAGAACCCAGGUGCACCCGAUGUGGGAUCAUCUCCAUUUAUAAUAAUUGAACCAGGGCCUGAUCUACAAAUAAAGUGUCUUCAUAGCUCAUUUGUUGUCGAUCCUCUUACGGACAAAGAGGCAGAACUUUCCCUCGAUCAGAGUUGCAUUGACGUUGAGAAGUUACUGCUAAGAGCUAUCUGCUGUAAUAGGUAUACUCGCCUGCUUGAAAUAUAUAAAGAGCUAGGAAGCAAUGAUCUUAUAUGCCGAGCUGCAGAUGACGUGCUCCUCUGUUCCCAAGAGGAUGAACCUGAUGCUGGCGACAAACAGAAGGAUGAUCAAUUCAAUGCCAAAGGGCAGGAAGUUUUACGUGUUCGUGCCUAUGGUUCGUCAUAUUUCACUCUUCGUAUAAAUAUAAGGAGUGGACGCUUUCUUCUUCAUUCAUCCGGCAAUAUGCUUGCAUCGUCAACUUUGUCUGAUUUUGAAGAAUCCUUAAAUAAUGGUACAAUGACUGCAGCCAAUGUUUUUGUAAGCUUGAAAUCUAGAAGUAUACUUCAUCUUUUUGCCUGUAUUGGCAGGUUCUUGGGUCUUCAGGUGUAUGAUCAGGGGAAUUCUGCCGUGAGGGUGCCAAAGAAUAUUUUAAGUGGUUCUACUAUGUUGGUUAUGGGGUUUCCAGAGUGUGGGAACUCUUAUUUUUUGCUAAUGCAACUUGACGAGGACUUCAAACCACUUUUUAAAUUACUGGAGACUCAGCCAGAUCUAUUUGGAAAAGCGCAGUCGUUUGUAGACCUGAAUAAUGUAAUUCGGAUGAAAAACAUUGACAUGGGCAUGAUGCAUAUACUUGAAGAUGAUUUAAAUCUUAGUCUCCAUAAAUCCGCAAAACUGCUGGCUCAGGUUAACAAUAUGGGUGCUCUUCAGACUCCUGCAAAGGGUCUGCUUUCUGAAUUCAGUACCAGGGCUCCUAAGUUUGAUUCUGUUCCUCCAUCAAGUUUCUCUUCAGUUGUUGAUGAAGUUUUUGAGCUUGAAAGAGGUUCAUCAACCCCUUAUUCUGUCCAGAGUCCCAACUCGAUGUUUAAUAAUUCUCCCGCUUCUGUCGUUGGUUCUGUUACAAGAAGUUUUCAUGGCAUGCAAGCCGGAACAUCUCCUAAAUGGGAGGCAGGAUCACAGAUAACUGACUUACCAAAAGUAGCUAAUAUAAACCCCAAUCACAGUAAUUUACCUUAUUUGUCAAGAAAUUUGAUGGACUUGUCACAGUCCAGCUCUGCCAGUGUGCUAUCUUCUGGCCCAGGGAAGAGUGCGCCAGUAAAGAAGCUAUCAGCUUCCAAGUCUGACCAAGAUAUACCUUCUCUUCGGUCUCCUUUUGCUGCUGAAUUAGGUCCUUACAACAGAAUUGACGCAGAUCAUAUUUCAUGUGGAAAUCAGUCUGCUCGACUGUCUCGACAACCUGUACUUCAAACUUCUACACUAAGUGCAAAAACUAAUGCAUCAACUAAUUCACUACCAGUCGGGACUGCAGCUGGAUCUUUGUAUGUUUCUGGGUCCAGAUCAUUGGUUACGACUACAUUGUCUAAAGGACCUGAUCCAGCUAUUAUUUCUAGCCCAAGUCUUGAUAUUGUUCCAAGGCAGGAGAAAGGACUAGGAAAGAGAACAUUGUCAGAUAUGUUUAACUUAAUUCCAUCGCUCCGCUUCUCAGAUGUUAGUAAAAGAUCUUCUAAGAGAAGAAAGCUCACAGAGUCUUCUCUAAUCCAUCAGCCUUCUUCUCAGAUGGUCACAACAGCGAUUGGAAGAACUGAUGCAUAUAAUUAUGCAGAAGUUGUAGCUGAGGCAAAUAAAGGAAAUUCUGCCUCAAAUGUUUAUGUUUCAGCACUUCUUCAGGUGGUUAGUCACUGCUCGCUUUGUAUCAAGCAUGCUCAACUAACUAGUCAGAUGGAGGCACUUGAUAUCCCAUAUGUUGAAGAAAUUGGCUUACGGACUGUAUCUUCAAAGUUGUGGUUCCGACUCCCAUCUUUAAGAGAAGACACAUGGAGGAAUAUAUGCUUGCGGCUUGGCCGAUUGGGGAGCAUGCAUUGGGAUGUCAAGAUCAAUGAUAAGCACUUUAGAGACUUGUGGGAUCUUCAGAGGGGAAGCAAUAGUACUUCAUGGGGUUCUGAUGUUCGUAUUGCAAAUACAUCUGACAUAGAUUCCCAUAUUUGUUAUGAUGCGGAGGGUGUUAUUCUGAGUUACAACUCUGUUGAGGCUGAUAGCAUCAAGAAGUUAGUAGCAGAUAUUCAAAGGCUUUAUAAUUCUAGGAUGUUUGCUCUUGGGAUGCGGAAAUUGCUUGGUGCAAGUUCAAACGAAAAGUUCGAAGACAGUGCUCAACUUUCUGAUGCUACAGUGUCAGCUGGAGUAAAAAGUACUGGUGAGGUGGUUAAUAAAUCUUUAGAAUAUGUAAGGAGGUCAUUUAGAAUUGAAGCAGUUGGACUGAUGAGCCUGUGGUUCAGUUAUGGCUCCGGGGCCCUUGCUCGCUUUGUUGUGGAAUGGGAAUCAGGUAAAAAAGGGUGUACAAUGCAUGUAACUCCGGAUCAACUCUGGCCACAUACUAAGUUUUUAGAAGAUUUUAUAAACGGAGCUGAAGUUGCACCACUUUUGGAUUGCAUUCGUCUGACUGCAGGACCCCUUCAUGCCCUCGCGGCUGCAACAUGUCCUGCAAGAGCUUCUCCAGUGUCUGGGGUUCCUGGUGUUGCAUCAUCGAAUCCCACUGUAUCAAAACAGAUCGGGUAUAAUCCAUCUCAGGGACCGACCAGUUCAGGUACAAAUUUUGGUCAGGUCUCAUCUGGUCUAGGAGGGAAUACUGGUGCUUUUACUAAUCCGGGAGCCCAUAGUACUCAGAACCUUCAUACUGCUGCAAUGUUGGCUGCUGUUGCUGCUGCUGGGCGUAGUACACCUGGCGUUGUUCCUAGUUCACUUUUACCCAUCGAUGUUUCUGUUGUCCUCCGUGGCCCCUACUGGAUUCGAAUCAUAUAUCGCAAAAAUUUUGCUGUUGAUAUGCGAUGUUAUGCUGGAGACCAAGUUUGGUUACAACCGGCAACACCACCUAAAGGAGGGCCAUCAGCCGGAGGAUCUCUACCAUGUCCACAAUUCCGCCCCUUUAUCAUGGAGCAUGUUGCUCAAGAACUGAAUGGCUUAGACCCUAAUUUUCCUGGUAUUCAACAAGCAGGUGACCUGGGAAAUUCAAACUAUUCAGGUCUAGGUCCAGGUCCACAGCUGUUGGCAAACAAUGGGAACAGAGCUGGUAUUCCUGGCUCCACUGAAAUUUCCCAUUUAGGCAACCAAGUUAAUGGCCUCAGUCGUGUAGGAAAUUCUCUUUCAGCAUCCUCAAAUUUGGCUAGUCCAGGGUUGCCUCUGUGCAGACCAACAGGUGUUCCUGCUAAUGUUAGAGGUGAGCUGAAUACAGCCAUUAUUGGACUUGGGGAUGACGGAGGUUAUGGUGGUGGAUGGGUCCCUCUUGUUGCUUUAAAGAAAGUCCUCAGAGGUAUUCUGAAAUACUUGGGUGUAUUGUGGCUAUUUGCUCAGUUACCAGAUCUGUUAAAAGAGAUCCUGGGAUCUAUUCUUAAGGACAACGAAGGUGCAUUAUUAAAUCUUGAUCAGGAGCAGCCAGCCUUGCGUUUUUUUGUGGGGGGGUAUGUAUUUGCUGUUAGUGUGCAUAGAGUUCAACUUCUUCUCCAAGUUCUUAGUGUAAAGAGAUUUCACUCACAGCAACAGCAGCAAAACCCAGCUAUUGCCGAGCUAACACAGUCUGAGAUUGGUGAAAUAUGUGACUAUUUCAGCCGCCGUGUCGCAUCAGAGCCUUAUGACGCUUCCCGUGUUGCAUCUUUUAUUACUCUUCUUACAUUGCCAGUUUCAGUUUUGAGAGAGUUUUUGAAGCUUAUCGCAUGGAAGAAGGGAUUAGCUCAGGCACCAGUUGGAGAAACAGCCCCAACACAAAAGUCUCGAAUUGAAUUAUGCCUGGAGAAUCAUUCAGGAUUAGAUAUGCAUGGGAACCCGGGAAAUACAUCUUCAUCAAAGAGUAAUAUCCAGUACGACCGUCCUCGCAAUUCUGUUGAUUUUGGGUUGACCGUCGUUCUUGAUCAAGCACACAUGCCUCACUUAAAUGCUGCUGGUGGAGCUGCUUGGUUGCCUUACUGUGUUUCCGUGAGGCUAAGAUAUUCAUUUGGUGAAAAACCAAAUGUGUCGUUUCUGGGGAUGGAAGGAAGUCAUGGUGGACGUGCUUGCUGGCAACGGCUUGAUGACUGGGAUAAGUGUGAACAACGGGUGAUUCGAACUGUGGAAAUGAAUGGAAGUUCAACUGGGGAACUCAACCAGGGAAGGUUGAAAUUAAUUGCAGAUAAUGUGCAAAAAACACUACAGGCGUGUCUCCAAGGAUUGAAAGAUGGCAGUGCAAAUUUUUGAAACACAGUAAUCUGGUAGAUGAGUCUAUUGGUCGCACAUAAAAAUCUUUGGUAACAUGUAUGCCACUCCUUUGCACUGGAGGGAGGCUGCAGUUAUCAUAAAUGAUUAAAUGAAUAGAUUUUGGAUGUUUGAAAACAUGUAAUUACCAAGGAUUUAAAACUAAUACAAGAGCCUAAUUACUUGGAUCUUCAAUCAAUUUAGUAGAUUGUAUAGAUUUUGGCCCAUGUUGGCUGUUUUCCUGUGUACAGUUAACUGUUCUGUUUCUGUAUAACUUAGUGAUCUCAUGUUUGUUUUUAGUAGAGGAAA